AUGUCUCUCUCAUACGCUCCCAAAAUCUACGAGAAACUUGAUCAGCUUCCAGCCAUGAUGAAUGCCCUCAUCUUGAGUACUCAAAUCACUCGCUCCCGAGAGGUUACCCGUGCCCGUGAGACGACGCUGCCAAACUCCGGCCAAUUCGUCAUUGGCAGCUGCGCAACUUAUCGAUUCACGCUUCUAGGGGACAUGCUAGCAGGUACUCUUUCAGAAAGACUUCGAUCAUUGACCUCUCGUUCGAUACCACUGGAAAGGAUCAGACACAUGCCCCCACAAGCACCUGUGUCUGAUUUCCAACAACAAGUCAACCAUUUGAUGGAGCAGUUCAAACCUUCUGACUGGACUUUUGAAUGCAGAUUCCAAGUGCAAGCCCUUUGGACUAACAGCCUCUUAUCUCCUUUGGAAAUACAGCAAUUGAUACCUACCAUGGUCCAGAUCAGAAAUCAAAGCGACACGACUGCAUUGGCCAAAGUGCUGCAAAAUCUACGGUCUCAACUCAGGGUCGCCGACAUUCGUACUGGAGGAGUCACUGAAGCACGGCAUAUCAUGCUCAAUCAACACCAGCUUUGGUCGGCCACAGCCAAUUCACCCUCAGUGCGAGCGUUGUCUCGUGAGGAAGUACUAAUUCAUCGAGUGACUAUCACACCUACGGGUAUGUUUCUUGAGGGACCAGAAGAAGUCGUUGCAAACCGAGUUCUGCGCCAGCAUCGCGAUAACCAGAGUUUCUUCCUGCGUGUCUCUUUUACCGAGGAAGAUUGGGACAGAAUACAGUUCGAGAGAGACACUUCGAACGAGAGAGUUCUGCGCGGUCGUUUCCUGGAUAUCCUCCACCAAGGUCUGGAUAUCGGUGGUGAGCAUUUUGACUUCCUGGGAUUUUCUCACUCUUCGCUGAGGUCGCAGACGUGUUGGUUCAUGCGUCCGUUUGUGCACAAUGGUGAGCUUUUCUACGCAGGGCGUCUCAUCGAAUCACUAGGGGACUUCACCAGCAUUCGUUCUCCAGCUAAAUGUGCAGCGAGAAUCGGACAAGCAUUUAGCGAGACGCCUGCUGCAAUUGCAAUUGACCCAAAGACUGUGUCUAAGUGCUCAGACGUUCGUUGCGAGCAACACCUAUUCACUGACGGUUGCGGGACAGCGUCUCGGGCUACGUGGAGGCUGUUAAAGAAAGCAUCCUCCUCACAAGAACAACCUACACUGUAUCAGAUCCGAUACAAAGGAGCGAAAGGGAUGAUUUCUUUGGAUACGCGACUACAAGGACACCAGCUGCGACUCCGUGAUUCGAUGAUCAAGUUCACUGGAAGUCCCUCCGAUGAUCUUGAGAUUUGUGGCACAAACGCUCGUCCACUGUCCUUCAAGCUGAACCGUCAGCUAAUCAAGAUUCUCAGAGACCUUGGUGUCAAACCCUCCACAUUUGAAGAGCUUCAGCAGAAUGCAGUGGACAAACUCCGAGGGAGCACGUCGUCUGUGGCUUCAGCCGUUGAUUUUCUCAAAUUACACUUGGCUGAUAGUGUUACUGGCCUGCCAACGCUGUUGAAAGCUCUCACUGAUAUCGACAUCGACGUCACUGAAGAUGGCUUUCUACGAGAGAUUUUAGGAGCAUUACUCCAGGUGCAACUCCGAGAAAUCAAGUACCGAAGUCGAAUACAUGUGCCGCAAGCUGUGACACUGUAUGGUAUCUGUGAUGAGACAGAUUUCUUGAAGGAGGGCCAGGUCUUUGUAACCUAUGCUGAUUCGGGGAAACACCUGCAUCUGAAUCGAGAGGUUGCGGUGACGAGGUCUCCUGCCUUGCAUCCAGGCGACGUCCAGGUCGCUGAGGCAGUGGCCCCACCUGAGGACUCAUGUCUCUGGGAUUUGCACAAUUGCAUCGUGUUCAGUCGACAAGGAAGUCGUGACUUGCCCAGCAUGUUAAGCGGCGGUGACCUCGACGGCGACUUGUAUAAUAUCAUCUACGAUUCGAGACUUCUACCCGCUCAGGUGGAAAGACCUGCCGCGUAUUCACUGGCUCAAGCAAUGGACAUUGGACGACCAGUCACGGUGAAUGUCGUGACAGCAUUCUUCAUCGACUUCAUGCAAAACGACCAACUAGGACGAAUUGCAACUCUUCAUCAGGUUAUCGCCGAUGGCCCGGAAGGCACAAGAUCUACAGAGUGUUUGAAGCUGGCAGAAUUACAUUCGACAGCUGUGGACUUCUCGAAGACUGGUGUCAAAGUUGAUAUCCGUCAAAUCCCGAGAACACCAGCGUACCGACCUGACUUUAUGGCACCUUCUGCGAGCAUCAAAGUCGAGAAAGGCAUCGAGCGACGAAGCGAUCCACUGUCAGAGGCGCUUGAGGGACGACAACGAUAUAGAUACUUUGAGUCAGAACGCAUCUUGGGUCGGCUAUAUCGAGCCAUUGACGAAGAUCUGUUCUUUGGAGAACUCGAGGACGACACUUCGUCUCUCUUCAGCUCCGCAGCCACAGACAACGUCCUCCCCGAGAUCCUCAAGUUCAUCAGCGACAUGAUGAGAGGUCAAGAUUGGAAGAGAUACCUCCCGAAGGCAAGAGAAGUGAGAGACUAG